AUGAAUUUAAUGGACACCACCAAGGCGGAUUCGGAUCGCGAAAGCGGCGCGAGCUCGCCUGAGGGUGGCGGGCGGCAGCUAGCCGAGGCCAGGUCCCCAUCGCCGAGAGCCCGCACGCCCCACCAGCCGCACUUGAAUGGCUCCAUGGCGACGAUGUUCCAAAACCUGCAGAACCUGGCCAACAUGCAGCAGAACAUGCCGCCGAUGUCGCAGCAGAUGUCCCAGCAGAUGUCGCAGCUGGCCGCCAACUUGCAGGGCUUGACUUCGAUGCCCUCCAACCCGGUCAUCAACUCGCCUCUCAAUCUCAGCGUCAGCGCGCCAGGCAUGGGAUCACCGAACCCGGUUGGAAAUAAUAACAUGCUGCCUCCAGCCAUGCCAUCUCCGAUGCCCCAGCUCAUCCUGGCUUCUGGGCAGCUGGUGCAAGGUAUCCAAGGCGCUCAGCUUCUAAUACCCACGUCUCAGGGGAUCGCGACGCAGACAAUCCUCACGAUACCGGUCAACCACGUGAACUCGAACGAUCAAAUGGUGAACUUGGCGCUGAACAACGGCCAAGUGGUGUCCACGUCGCUCGCCAACCUGCAGGCGAUGGCGCAGCCGCACCAGCUGCUCAACUCGAACCAGCAGGCGGCCAACAUUCGGCCGAACGUGCUCAACCCGGCGCUGUCGAACGCGCUCCUGAACCCGGGCCUGCCGAACUUCCUGAACGGCAACGCCCAGGAGUUGCUGCAGGCUCUUCAGCAGCCGCAGGCCAACCACAGCCUCCUGCAGACCGUGCAGCAGAGCAACAUGACGCAGCAGAUGCAGGGGCGUCGCUCCUCCUCGCCACGCCCCGACAGGCACUACAAGGAGAGGGAGAACUACGACAGGUUCGUGGCAGGCUCGAGGGAGAGGAACGAGAGAGACAACACCGGCGCCGCGGCUAUGAACAGUAUUAACAGGCUCGCGGCGUCUAACGGCGAGAUCACGAUCACCACGUCGCACGCGAGCGGCGCGCCGAGCAGCGCGACGAGCGGCUCGGGCUGCGGCUCUGCGCCGAACAACUCGCCGCACGCCCCCAUCAAACUGUCGCCGGGUUCCGUCAAAUCGCCAUCGCAGGACGACGGCGAUCUGCUCGCCGACUCGCCAAACCAACCCACUAUCAGUCAGUCUUCGGGCAACGUUGUCGACGGAAUCAACUUGGAGGACAUCAAGGAAUUCGCGAAAGCCUUCAAACUGAGGCGGCUUGGCUUGGGCCUGACCCAAACACAAGUGGGCCAAGCGCUCUCCGUCACGGAGGGUCCCGCUUACAGCCAAAGUGCAAUCUGCAGUGCCCUGGCUUCGCAGAUGCUAGCAGCUCAGCUGUCUUCACAGCAACAAAACAUAUUUGAGAAAUUGGAUAUAACACCAAAAAGUGCGCAGAAAAUCAAACCGGUGCUUGAACGUUGGAUGAAGGAAGCCGAAGAGAGGUACGCGUCUGGCCAAAAUCAUUUGACCGACUUCAUUGGCAUGGAGCCGAGCAAAAAGCGCAAAAGACGGACGUCCUUCACCCCCCAAGCCUUGGAGCUGCUGAACGCUCAUUUCGAGAGGAACACGCAUCCAUCCGGCACAGAAAUCACAGGGCUGGCGCACCAGCUAGGUUACGAACGCGAAGUCAUCCGGAUAUGGUUCUGCAACAAGCGGCAGGCGCUGAAGAACACCGUCCGCAUGAUGUCCAAAGGAAUGGUC